GGCCUCUACCACGCUGGCUGUGAUACCUCGCGUCGAAAGCUUAUGUCCACGCGCCGGCGCCGGCGCCGGUGCCGACCACUCCUCCUGCAGGCCGAGCAGGCAGGGUGCGCGGAUCCCUAUUCUCUUCAUGGUUGCCUGCGUUAUAUCCAGUUUAAUGGUCGUGAAAAGUCAACGACUUCUCACUAUAAACCCUUAUUUACGGUCUGGAACUGCCUUCAGAACGCACUGGUACCCACAGUCUGUAUUGAAAAACUGUAACUUGUCUAGUGCGUGUCUUAAGUGUUGUAUAAGUUGGUACCGUAACUCGACCCCUUUCAAAAUCAUACCUUUAAGGGAUCAAACCGUGCCAAUGAACGGCAAAUUAGCACAAGUAACGCCGGUUACCAAUCACUCCAUGGUACAAAUAAAUAAGAUCAAUUUGCCUGUGCAUCCACAAGUUUCAAAGAGAAAGGAUCAUUAUAAGCUUUUAUCAUUAGUGAUCUCUACAGUAUCUACAAAACCAGUUCGUGACAAUACAUCGAUAAAUAAUUUAUUUGAAACAAGUGUGAAGUCAGACGACUUAAAUAAAUCAAGUGACUCUAUGAUCACUUUCAAGACUUCAGUUAAUUUGAAAAAGAGUCCUUUUUUCAAUAAGACUUCCAACGGGAGAAGAAUUAAUGAUGCAAUUAUUAAGGAGGUAACAAACACUAAACCGAAAACGUCCACUGCUUCCACCAGUGUCUCUCUCUUAGAUGUGGCAACUACGGAACAGGCACCAAUUCAUACAGAAUAUCGCCAUGGAACAACCUCAACAUACAUCAAUAAUGGAUUAGACCAAAACAUUGACCUAACAAGAAGAGACAUUCUUUUUAUAAUGUUUAGGAAAACACUAGAUAAAGUUGAACGUAAGUUUCUAUUGAUAGUGCUACACGGUAAUACUUGCUUUCUUGACCAGAGGGCCGCUCGACUUCGUUUUUUGUUCAAUAAUAUCUCCACUAAUAGUCGUCAUUCAAUAAACUGACCGCUAUCAGUCCAGAUGACCGGAAAGAAAAUGGAAUAAGUUUUCUACAAUCAGGGCUUUUCCUAUACCAUCUGCUGAUGUCGCUGUCUAUUACAAUGGAUCCAGAAGCAACUCGAGAAAUAGAAGAAUAUUUAGGCUUAAAGAUGUCGGAAGCAGAUAAAAUCGAGAUACUAAAACGAACGGAAGCAUGGCUUCCGAAAUCUAGCAAGGAUCUGAAGUUCCGGUGGUCGUCGCGCCUGGUGCUGCAGCGCUCGGCCGCGGCCGCGCUCCGCACCACCGCCCUGCCGCUGCGGCUGACCUGGUUCCACGGUAACGAGACCGCUGAACAACUUACCAAAACCCUUAACGAUAUGGUGGUGUCGGACUCCGGGGGCAGCAUGCAGGAGACGUUCUCGGAAGAGGAGCUGGCGGCGGGCGUGUGCGCGGCGGCGCUGUGCACCGCGUACGUGCGCGCCACGUGGCGCGCCGCGCCCACGCUGCUCAACGACUCGCUGCCCUUCCACGACGCGCCCGCCGCGCCCGACCGCACCUCGCGCUUCUUCCGCCUCAACGACCACAUGGCUUACUCCUACUUACAUGAAUGGGACACAGAGUUAAAUGGAGAAUUCACUACAGCCAUAGAGAUACCGUACUCCACGCCUGGUCUCACGCUGCUCAUCCUGGUGCCCAAACAGCCAUCGCUGCGGCCACUGGUGGAGCGGCUGGCGGCCGUGGGGCUGGACGCCGUGGUCGGCGUCUUGCACACGAUGAGAGUGGCCGUCACACUGCCGCUCUACACUCUACGCAUGACUUUAUUGCUGCCCAAUAAACUACAAGAUAUGGGCAUGCCCAGUUUGCUAACAAACGGCAGUGACUGCCAGCCCGUGCGGCUGUCGCACGCCGUGCAGCGCCUCAUGUUCUGGGCGGAGGCUGGCCGAAACGCCUUCAAAGACGAUGGUAUUGAAUGGGACCCGCGUCCAGAACUGGAAAUAGUCGUAGACCGUCCAUAUCUGUUCUUCGUUCGAUGGUACAACAUAACCAUUAUGAAUGGAGUAUUCGCAUUGUAACGAGUAACACACUCUGCACAGCUGCGACGCUAAUGAGGACCAACGAUCCCAGCGGUUUCGUGCAGUAAUGAUAAUGAUGCACGUAAAAAAAGGAGAGGCCGUUUGUCAGCCUGCCCUACGCAAUACGUAUUGGUAUCAUCGAGAAUGGAAUAAAUGUCAUCUACUACCAAGCCGUCCAGCGGCACUAAAUAUGUACCUAUUAUUCUAGAUGAUUAAGAUGACUCAUUGUGAUGUAUUUCAAAAGUGAAAAUCAAAAUAUAUUUUUUUAUUUAUUAUAAGUUAAGAAGUUUAGGUAA